GCAUUGAGAGUUUCAGAUAAAAACAUCCUGAACAUAACGGACAUUUGACAGACCGCCGCAGCGGAGAAGGGACGUGUUCAUUUAACCGUGCACUCCCAAAGGCAUAAAUCCAGAAAAACUCCAGCCUGAACAAUGUCUGAGGGCGACAACAAAAGCGCAAAUCUUUUGGCUCAAGAAACGAGUCAGCUGGAAGAACACUUGCAAGGAUGGGGAGAGAUCAUCCUGGCUGGAGAUCAGUUUCUGCGGUGGGAGAGGCCAUGGUACCCUGGAGUAGUAGUGGGCACCACCACAAUCCUCUUCACGCUGAUCUACUACUUGGACCCUUCUGUUCUUACUGGUCUAUCCUGCACUGUAAUGAUUCUGUGUCUGGCUGAUUACCUGGUGCCCACUCUUGCCCCUCGUGUCUUUGGUUCCAACAAAUGGACCACAGAACAGCAGCAGCGUUUCCAUGAGAUCUGUGGUAACCUUGUAAAGACCCAGCGCCGUGUGCUCGGCUGGUGGAAACGUCUGUUUGCCCUGAAGGAAGAAAAGCCAAAAAUGUAUUUCCUCUCUGUGAUCAGCAGUCUUGUGGCUGUGGCCUGGAUUGGACAACAAGUCCACAACCUCUUCCUCACCUACCUGAUUGUGAGCUUCCUUCUGCUUCUGCCUGGACUAAACCAACAUGGCAUCAUUACCAAAUAUGCUGGCAUGGUAAAACGAGAGAUCAACAAGCUUCUCAAACAGAAGGAGAAGAAGAAUGAGUAAAAGAAAAAGCUUUGAAAUGCAAGUCAGAAGUAAAAGUUGAAACAAUUAGACCAUUAAUCAUCUCCCCCUGCUUAUCAGCAGUCAACCUGAAAAACCAACUCAAAGCACCUGCAGUAACUUUUUGCUGAAAGUGAAAAUAUCCAAUAACCGGCUUAAAUGUAUGCAGAUAUCACUUCACAUAAUUUUUUGGUUUUUUAAAUUCCAGUUUAUGCGUUUUCCAUCUCUAACACCAUGGUUGGCAGAAGCAGUUUUUUCAACACUGAUGCGUUAAUUUCAGCUGUCUUGCAUCCAUGUAUUUGCAUGUCAUGUAAAUGUUUCAAGUCUGUGCAUAUAAAGACCGCUUUAUUGCUUGCAGUCCAUUUUUAAGACAGCAAGGCAACUACUGAGCAACAUUUAUUUUAACCAAUCAGGCACAGAACACAUUAUGAGAAGUCUUCAAAUAUAGCCUGUUUUUCCUCUGGACAGCUUGGAAACAUGUAUUUGCACACUGUUCUGAAAAUUGCACUGGAAAAACAGAAGCAACUGGAGUGAGAAGCUUGUUUGUGUAGGGGAACUUAGACCCAUACUGCUGUACUAGUGCUGUGUAGACUUCAUAGCUCUAGCCACUUCCCAAUCCAACACCUGUUGUUGAGCUGUAAAUAUACAUGUUCAUUUUCUCUCCUUGUAUUUCUUUGUUUCCACUGGCUUGUCUUAAGUUUGUCUUUUCUGUGUCCUUUAAACCAUCAUUUUAUCUUUGUGUUUGUUCACAACAAUAAACUAUUAUUCAAACCUAA